AUGGCCCUCGGCUUUCCUUUGUUCCCCCGUCUGCCCGCCGAGCUCCGCCGUCUUGUGUGGGAUGAAUACCUCGCGCCGUUUGACAAGCCCACUGUGUACCUGUUCAGCAAGAACUUCAUCCUCGACCACGUCGACCCCGAGGGCGAGGACGAGCGCUACGCGGGGAUGUCGCGCGUGCCCCUCGUGCAGGUCAACACCCCCCCGACGCUGCACGUCAGCAGGGAGUCGCGCGAGGCGACGCUGCGAUGGGCGUCGGGGCGCGGCAUCACCCUGCGCUUCCGCCGCGAGACCCAAGGCCACGUGCUUGCGCGGCCGUUUGACCCCGGCAGGGACGCGCUCUACGUGUCGCGCGACCGGUGGGAGGAGUUUUGCGAGCUGCCCUGGGAGGAGGAGGCCGACGCCGACGACGACGCAAAAGUCACAGCAACCCUGCAGGGUGUCGCCGCGACGAUCCAGCACCUCGCGCUGCCGGCCUUUACGGCCUACUACAGCUUCAACGAGCUGGGCGGAUACCUCCUGGCCUUUUUCACGGGACUCAAGACGCUGUCGUCGGUGUGGGGGGACUUGCCCGUCGUCAGGGACUCGGGCACCCAGACGACGAGGACAACCAAGACCAGAACGACUACCACGACGACGACGACGACGACGACGACGACGACGACAAUUACGAGGCAGCGGCAGACGGACGACGACGGGACCGACACGGGCGUGGACCCCGCGACGGGGGACGUGGAGCAGAGCGUCGCGGCCGAGAUACAGCCCCGGUGGGAGCUGCGUGACGAGACGGCCGAGGUGGUGAGGAUGUGCGUGCGCGAUCCGCUCGACGGCUCCGAGAGCUGGGAGGAGGGGGAGCUGAACAUGUGGAUGGGCGAGCUGGAGGAGGCGCUCCUGUCGCUCGAGAUGCCGGAGCAUGUGUACGACUACGACGAGGAGGAAUUUGUGGUGGCGUUCAAGGCGGUCAGGGCGGAGAGGUGCGGUUGA